AUGCGUGAACAUGUACAGCCGAUUCAUUAUGAUCCUGCUACAGUUAAACAAUUAACAAGAGAAAUCGCUGUAGCUUGUGUUGUUGGUGCAGCUCAAGGUGCUCUAAUUAGUAUUACUACCGGUUUAAUUCUACGAAGAGUUUCGACUGUCUACCGGAAUGUAAGAACUCCUGUACGUGUAUUUUAUCAUUGUUCAUGGAUAUCGAUGGGAGCCGUAUUCAGAGCUGAUAAACAACUUGUGAUAUUCCAGAAUAAUUAUUACGCCAAUGAAAUGAAGAGAAGAAGCCAGAUCUUAGAUGAAGCUGCUGAUAGAGGUAUUUUCCUUGAGGAAGAUUUUGUAUCAGAUAGUACUACUCGCACCAAAAGCUGA